UGACCCUUGCCUCCCAAAGCUUUCAAGAUAAAUUGACAUUAUUCGUCCAAGCAAGCACUCUAGUAUACCAUCAUGUCUCCAUGUCCAACCUUGCCCGCUUCCAGCUUUCAAACUCUAAAGGCCGUGUGGCACCGGAGGGACACUGGAGGUUCAGCUUCCUGACACCUUGCUCUGGCUCUAGCCCUGGGAUGAACUCCAACUACAGGCUUUCCAGCAAGGCGCUCACUAACCUUUCCAUUGGGGCCCGCAUGGUGGCUUAGACACUACAGGCCAGGGGGCGGGCCCUAUGAGGCGUGCUCCUCCCACCCCGGAGUCAAGUUUACGGAAUAGCGCUGCCAGGCCGGACGCGCCGUGGCCUGGCCGCCCGGAGGACUACAUCCGCCUGACCCAGCUGAGCUUGACUCUGUCUAGGCGCGCCAUGUUCGCGCGUGGGUCCCGGAGGCGCCGCUCCGGGCGUGCGCCUCCUGAAGCAGAGGACCCUGCUCAUGGCCAGCCCUGCAAUUCCUGCAGGGAACAGUGCCCAGGCUUCCUGCUGCACGGCUGGAGAAAGAUCUGCCAACACUGCAAAUGCCCGCGGGAGGAGCAUGCAGUGCACACGGUGCCUGUGGACCUCGAACGCAUCAUGUGCCGGCUCAUCUCAGACUUCCAGCGCCACUCCAUUUCUGAUGACGACUCAGGCUGUGCCUCAGAGGAGUAUGCCUGGGUACCCCCUGGCCUUAAGCCAGAGCAGGUUUACCAGUUUUUCAGCUGCCUCCCAGAGGACAAGGUCCCCUAUGUCAACAGUCCUGGGGAGAAAUACAGGAUAAAGCAGCUGCUGCACCAGCUGCCUCCGCAUGACAGCGAGGCACAGUACUGCACGGCCCUGGAAGAGGAGGAGAAGAAAGAGUUGAGAGCCUUCAGCCAGCAGCGGAAGCGGGAGAAUCUGGGACGGGGUACUGUUCGAAUCUUCCCAGUGACCAUUACUGGGGCUAUCUGCGAGGAGUGUGGAAAGCAGAUCGGAGGUGGGGACAUUGCAGUAUUUGCCAGUCGAGCAGGCCUUGGUGCCUGUUGGCACCCUCAGUGCUUUGUGUGCACCACAUGCCAGGAACUGCUGGUUGACCUCAUCUACUUCUACCAUGCUGGCAAGGUCUACUGUGGGCGCCACCAUGCCGAAUGCUUGCGCCCUCGCUGCCAAGCAUGUGAUGAGAUCAUCUUCUCCCCUGAAUGUACAGAGGCCGAGGGCCGGCACUGGCACAUGGGUCACUUCUGCUGUUUCGAGUGUGAGGCUUCAUUAGGAGGGCAACGCUAUGUCAUGCGCCAGAGCCGCCCCCACUGCUGCACCUGCUAUGAAGCUCGCCACGCGGAGUACUGUGAUGGCUGUGGGGAACACAUCGGCCUGGACCAAGGCCAGAUGGCUUAUGAGGGCCAACACUGGCACGCUUCAGAUCGCUGCUUCUGCUGUAGCCGGUGCGGUCGAGCCCUGCUGGGCCGCCCGUUCCUGCCACGCCGUGGCCUUAUCUUCUGUUCCCGAGCCUGCAGCCUCGGGGCUGAGACCACUGCUCCGGGACCUGGCCGCCGCAGCUGGAGCGCCGGCACAGUCACUGCACCGCUCACAGCUUCCCCGGCUGCCGAGGGGACAUCUGAGACAGCCAGCAAAGGCACCUGCACCAAAGCAGAGCCUGCUGCAGGCCCAGACGAGACCCCCCGCUUUCUGAGAGGGGCCCCCCACCGCCACUCUAUGCCUGAGUUGGGGCUCCGCAGUGCUCCUGAGCCACCCACAGAAACACCCGGACAUCCUGCCCUGCACCCAGAUGAUAAUGCCUUUGGUCGCCAGAGCACCCCUCGUGUCAGCUUUCGCGACCCUUUGGUGUCUGAGGGAGGUCCACGACGGACCCUGAGUGCACCCCCAGCCCAGCGCCGCAGGCCACGAAGUCCCCCACCCAGGGCCCCCAGCUGCCGCCACCGCCGGCGUCGGCGCCGGCGCCGCGGGAGCCACCACCAUCACCACCACCAUCCUGGCAGACAUGGCCACCAUCGAUGUAACGUGGGAUCGGGUUCGGAUUCAGGAUCUUGUUCCAGCUCCCCCUCUAGCCCCAGUUCAGAGUCCUCUGAGGAUGAUGGCUUCUUCCUAGGGGAACGUAUCCCGCUGCCUCCUCACCUGUCCAGGUCCAGGACCACUCAGGACACUACAACUGAAACCUUUAACUCCCCAAACCCACCACAGGUGUCUCACCCAGUGAUGCCUCGCCAGACCCGAGAUAAGAACUGCAUCGUGGCUUGAAGGCAGGCAACUUUAGAAGGGACUCUACUAUCCAGUGUAACCGAUGAUUCCCCUAAACUAAGUCAUGGCCCCCUUUCCACCCUCUGUUUGUAUUAGUGCAACAAUGCAAUCGUUGUUUUUAAAAAAAAAAAAAAAACAGGCCUGGCUUCCUUGCUCCAAUGGCUUUACCUCAGUUUCCCUCCUCCUAAUGCUAACGUACAUUUGAUCAAAAAAUUAACUUAUUCAUUAUAGAUUUUAACAACCUGUUUAUUAUUUAUUUAGCCCUUCACAGCUCACCCCACAGAGAGAAAAGGUCAUUUGUAGUGGGUCGGUCAUCUUGUAGCUUAUGUGGGGGAAUGGUUCAAGCAGAACUCAAGUCAGCUGCUGGUACUGCAGAGCAAGGGGCGGGGGGCACGGACACCUAGGCACACUCAUAAAGGUGCCCACACCCAGGAGGACUGAUUGGCAGGCUAGAAGACAAAAUUUUCCCAUCAAAGGCA